AUGCGUGUGACUGAAAAGUGUGACGUGUAUAGUUUUGGAGUGGUGGCUUUAGAAAUUAUGAUGGGAAAGCACCCAAGAGAACUGUUGGAAUCUUUAUCAUUAGCUCGGUCGGAUACACUAUCAGAUAAUAUGUUAUUAAAAGAUGUAUUAGAUCAACGACUGUUACUUCCUACUGGGAGAUUAUCUAUGGUUGUGGUGUUAACGGUGAGCUUGGCACUAUCAUGUACUAGAAGUAGACCAGAUUCACGACCCACCAUGCAUUUUGUGGCACAAGAAUUAUCGACAAGAAGUCGUGCUUCCAUGAUCUCUGAGCCAAUGAGGACUAUUACGAUUGAGAAGCUCGCUGCACUUCAAUAUCAGCAGCAGUAG